UAGAUUGUCCAAACUACCUCAGGUCUGAAGCAAAACAAUCCAGGUACCAAAACAUUACAGAGUACAGACCCAUCCAGACCCGACCCGGUCUAAAUAUCUUCAAAUUCAUUUUUUUGUGUUCAUUAUUUGCUCAUCAGUGGCAGACCAUACCAGCAAUCUGCUGCAGCCGGGUUUAGAUCCAAGCCUUCUGUUCUUUGUAUUUUCAAGUUUUUGAGCUGCUAUAUGAUAUCUAUAUGAAAGCUGAAGAAACUAACUCAAUAACUAGUGGGUAUGGAAAUCCUCCCUGGGUUUUCAAAGGCAGUGCCCUAUACCAGCUCAAUCUCGUGAAGGCUGAAACAGCUCGAGCUUUUAUACCAAAAGAGUUUAGACUUGUUGAAGCAUUUGGGUAUACUCUGGGUGGCUUCUUUCUUGCCAAUUACAGUGACAGCCCCGUUGGAACUUUUGAUGAGCUGGUGGUGAUUGGUGGAAUUGUAUGGAAUCCCCCUACAUCUUGCGCAUGGGCAGCUAGGGUACUCGUUAGCAGUAAUGAAGCAUGCCUUCAUGGCCGAAAGGACGUAGGACUUCCAAGUUAUGUUGCCAAGUUCUCAAAGCAAAUUUCAGCAACUCCAAAGCCAAAAAGUAAAUUCAAUACCUUUCUAAACAUGAUCGGUGUUGGCGGUUCAACAAAUUGCAUGGAUAUACAAGUCUCUGAAACUAAGGAUACUGCUGCAGCGGACUUCUGUAAUAUCAACCUAACUACUGGGGAUGCCGUAAAUGAGCUGAAUUCUGGUAAAUGGACGGGUCCAACUAUGAAGAUGUCACUCCCUAGCUACAGUGGCAGAACGGAGUAUAACCCUCAUCUUCUGAAGUACUCUUGCCAGAUUGACUGCAGGGUAAAACUAACGUCACCGGCUAAAGUUUUGGGGCCAUCUGCAGAGCAAAAUGACACAACACAACAUCCUGAUGGCGAACAUUCUGAAAAUAAAAGAAACCUGAGCAUUGAUGUUUUGCUAUCAAAGCCCAUCUUAGCUCUGCAGUUCAAUUGUCUAAAGAUGGUUGUGGAAUCUCCUCUUAUGGUAUCUCAUGGCUUACUGAAUCCCUCAGAAAAAUGACCUGUCAUUUUGUUGAUUUGUUUAACAUAUUAUCGGCGGCAGUCCCAAGUAGAAUAACACUUGAUGGAAAUUCCGGUAAAGAGUUGAAGUAAUAAUUUUCCCAUCACAAGCGUCUGUUGGAUGAUACAUUUAAGAUAAUUAAAAGAAUAUCUUUCAAAUUUGAAUGUCAAGUGAUCCAAAGGUGUAGUUUGAGGAUGAUGGUUUAUAUGAUCAUAAAUAUAUAUCAUUUUAAGGAUAAAUAUAUAUCAUUUUAAGGGUA